UGGUGAACAGACGUGUAAUUACGCACCGUGCUAAAAUUAACAAUUAUUACAAUUAUCCAGUUUUUUGUGUUGAAGUAAAAGUGAAACAAUCGAAAUGGGUAAAAAGAAACCGCAGAAGAUAGUACUUGGAGCCAUCGGUCAGCCACAGCAAGAAUUGGGGGCUCAAAAUCAGCAGCAGCAACAGCCGCAUAGUUCGCAACAGCCACAAAGGCCUCAACAACAAGUAGCUCAGCAGAAACAUUCGCAAGAUGCUCCGCAACAUCCGCAAGGUUCGCAACAAAAACAGCAAGGACCUCAGCAAGGUCCACAAGAUGCGAAGAAACAUAAAGGGCCACAGCAGCAACAACUACCCCAACAAGGUCCGCAAGUUAGGCAGCAACAACAACAUCCACAAGCUUGGAAGCAGCAGCAGCAACAAGCACCCCAACAACAUCCGCAAGCUUGGAAGCAGCAGCAGCAGCAACAAGCACCCCAACAACAUCCGCAAGCUUUGCAGCAGCAGCAGCAACAAGCACCCCAACAACAUCCGCAAGCUUGGAAGCAGCAGCAGCAGCAACAAGCACCCCAACAACAUCCGCAAGCUUUGCAGCAGCAACAGCAGCAGCCACAUCCGCAAGGUUCACAGCAACAAAAAGGACCUCAGCAACAUCCGCAAGGUGCUAAUCAACAAAAAGGACCUCAACAACACGCAAAGCAAUCCAAGAAGAAAAAUGAAGAACAUCAAGAUCCUCAAGGUGGCCAAGCGCAAAAUGUUCGGCCGCAGCAGAAAAAACAUGCAGAACCAGCUGUACCAGAACAGACCCAGUUGCCAAAAUCAGACGAUAAAAAACCUGCUACUUCUGGUGGCAAUGCGCCACACCGUGACGCAUCUGUCUCCUCUUCGAAAUCCAGCAGUUCCGGUGAUGGUACCCUACAGCCUAUCGAAGAAAAUUUGCAGCAAAUGCGAGUCUCGAAAGAAAAGAUUCGCCGAACAGACUUGCGACCGGUAUUGGUGCGUAGGGGAGCACAAGGAACUCGUGGCAAAAAGGUUACGGUUGAAGCCAAUUUCUUCCGGCUGCUGCUCGACAAGCUGAAGGGUGUUGCGUACCACUAUGAUGUGGCGAUCGAACCAGAUCGGCCGAAAAAGUUCCUCCGUGCUGCGUUUGCCCAGUUCUGUCGAGAAAACUAUCCGGGCGUAUUCAUGGCGUUCGAUGGGCAGAAGAGUGCCUACACGACCCGCAAGAUAACCGAGAAGAAGGCCAAGAUAAUGUACCAACCGGACGACGGUGGCAAAGCGAAAGAGUACACCGUCCAAGUGAAGGAAGCCGCUCAGCUCGAUCUGACUGUGCUUAAAACGUACAUGAACUCGAAAGAUGCCUCGUUUGCCAAACCGAUGAGCGCCAUCCAGUGUCUGGACGUGGUGUUGCGUUGUGCCUAUGAGACAGAUCCCAAUUUUGUUCGGUUCAAAAGAUGCGUGUACAUGGUUCCAACCAACAGCAUCGACAUAGGCAAGGGGCAUGAGCUUUGGUACGGUCUGUUCCAGUCGGCUGUGCUCGGUUCACGGCCCUACAUCAACUUGGACAUAUCGCACAAAGCGUUCCCGUGCGCGGCCUCUGUGCUGAAAGUGAUCGGAGACUUCAACCGUGGUAACCUGGAUCAACUCAGUGCGUGGGUGGUGAACGAUCUGCAAUCCUUCCUUAAGGGUAUGGACGUGAUUUACAAGAACCCAACAGGCAUUACGAAACGCAUGCGCUGCAAUGGUUUGCGCGAUCCUGCCAACCAGCAAAUGUUCAAAUUGGACGACGGAACGCGUCUCUCGGUGGCGGACUAUUUUGCUAAACAUAUGAAAUACCGACUGAAGUAUCCAAAUCUUCCCGUCCUACACGUUGGUAGUACCGUGCGCUCGAUUUACGUACCAGCUGAACUUUGCGACAUACCAGGUGGACAGGCAUUGACGAAAAACCACCCGGAGGAAUGUACGCGCGAUAUAAUCCGUUACGCUGCAACCAACACGCAGACACGGAAGCAAAAGAUUAUGAAUCUUGCAGCACAGAUUCAGUACAACAAAUGUCCGACAUUGAUGGAUUUUGGUAUCGCGGUCGGCAACGAGUUUGAGAAGGUACCGGCCCGCAUAAUCGAUGCCCCACCGAUCGAGUACGCGAGAAACGAAAAGAUCGCUCCGCGGUCUGGUGUCUGGCGGGCUGAGGGUAAGAAUUUUCUGCAACCCAGUACGGAACUGAGCCGGAAGCCGCUGCGAUGGCGUGUACUGAAUCUCGAUGGAUAUACAAAUGAGACCACGGUGAAGAGGUUUGGAGAAAUGUUACAACAGCAGGCCAUGCGGUGCAACGUACAGAUGGAACCGUUCGAUAUGGGCAGUACGUACGUCUUGGUGCGCAACCCUAACAAUGCUCUCCGUGACAUCGGUACACUGCUAGAAGGCAUCAAGAAGGAUAACCCUACGAUCACGAUUGUAAUACUACCGAGCCGUGGCGAUGCGUACGCAAAGGUUAAACAGAAGGCAGAGCUAGCCAGCGAGCGUAUCGGGUUGCUGACGCAGUGCAUAAAGAGUAUGACGGUAGCAAAGAAGGGUAACGACAUGAGCACCCUGAACAACAUAAUGCUAAAGAUUAACGCCAAAACGAAUGGCGCAAAUCACUGCAUUUCUCAGGUCGCCGUACCGCCGUUGGGGCGCGGUAACGUUAUGUACAUCGGUGCGGACGUCACACAUCCACUCAGCGACGAUGUACCGAGUGUGGUUGGUGUGACAGCCUUGUAUGAUUUGAUCGGCUUCCGGUACAAUUGCAGCGUACGGCUACAGGGUGCCCGUGAUGAAAUGAUACGCGAUCUGGAGAACAUCGUACACCGGCAGCUGAUGCUGUACCAGCAGUACAAUGGAAACCUGCCAGAGCGCAUCAUGUACUAUCGCGACGGUGUGUCGGAUGGCCAGUUUUCGGAAAUUCUGACCAUUGAAUUGCAGGCACUGCAUGCAGCAAUAGCGCGCAUCAAACCUGGCUACAAACCUGCGGUGACAUUCAUCGUUGUGCAGAAGCGCCAUCACACACGGUUCUUCCCGCACGGUAACUGUCCGUCGGAUGGUAAGAACUGCAAUGUACCGCCCGGUACAGUCGUGGACAGCGAGAUUACCAUGCCAGAUCGGUACGAAUUUUAUCUCGUAAGCCACGCGGCUGUACAGGGUGUUGCCAAACCGACAAAAUACGUCGUGCUGUACGAUGAUUCAAAUUGCCAUCCGGACCAUCUGCAAGCGUUGACGUACAAUCUUUGUCAUCUGUUUGCGCGUUGUAACCGGUCGGUUUCCUAUCCUGCACCGACCUAUUAUGCCCAUCUGGCGGCUUACCGGGGUCGAGUGUACAUUAAGGAUCGCCGUAUCAAUAUGAACGAUCUGGAAAAAGCUUAUCGGGACAUUCAAAUUAUUUCUACCGUCACCGACAACAAUCCCAUGUUCUUCGUUUAAGAUUUUGUCUCACUACUAAUCGUUUAUACAUAUUACUAUACUAUGAUCGAUAUAACUGUAAGAAUUACAUAUUUUUUCCAUUUCACUAUGUUAACACAAUAGCGCAUUUCAUUACAGUCUGUUUUGUUUCCGUAAUGUACAAAAUGAUAUUGUGAUAAAAUUUAUAUUGAUUUUAUAUUGAACUACAGUCAUUUUCCGAGUUACACGACACUCGAGUUACGCGGAUUUCUCUGGCACGCUUUCUUCGCGUAACUCGGGAAAGGACUGUACACAUAUUACUACCGUAUUUUAUCGCACCUAAAUUUUACAAACACAGAAAUUAUCCAGCUAAUCUCACUUGCUGCUUUGGUAACUUCCGGAUAUAGUGUAUUUAAUCAUCAUUUUAUUUGAAAAAUUGUGCGCACUAUACUCGAUAAAAUACGGUAUAUAUAACCAGAUAUAACUAUAUACAACAGAUCAACAAAAAAAACAAAAAAUGUAAAAAAAAAGUUGGUCAUUGAUGAAUUAUAUUUUUAGACUUCGCUUCGCCUACGGAGCGUGUCUAAUUAAGAAAACGAAA